AUGGGCACUCCGAUAAAUCGCGAAGAGAUCGACCGCGUGCUGCAACAGAAACGCAAUCAGCGCGAGGCUCGAGCGUGUUAUCCUUGCCGCCAGCGCAAGGUGAAAUGCGACAGCACUCAGCCCUGUCGAACAUGCCGUCGACGGGGCCAUCCCCAAAUAUGUGUGUAUGAUCAAGAUUCCUCUGGGUCUAAAAAGUCCCGUAAUACCAGCCAAAGACGUUCCUCGGCUGCUCCUCGCGGACCAAACCAGACAUCAGUCGCUGAACAGGGACUCGAUGCCGAGCCACAAACUCUGCCCUCAACACGCAGUUUACCAGAGGUUCAGACGGAGACAAGGCAGUACUAUAAUACUCGUAUCCCAUCUUCCGAUGGUCCCGAUAAUGACAUUGUCUACUCGGGCGACAACUCGGUAUUAUCUUAUUUGCGUAAUCGCACGCAAGAUACCAAUGGCUCCAUGACCCGUGAGGUGGGCUCUGUUCUAGGCCUGCAAAAUACUUACGGUAGCUAUCCGUUUAUGGACUUCCGAACGCCUCAGGACCGGUGGAGGGAGCUUCUACGAAUCAUCCCACAGCGAACGGAACUCUUGAAGUUCUUUCAUUUCUAUAGAAUAUCAGCCCACCCUUUCAACCCUAUCAUACUUGACAUCGAGAGAUUCGAGCAGGAUGUGUGUUCAUACCUCAAUGCUCUUGCAGCAGGAGAGCUGCAGAACACUUCACAGAUUUGUGAACGUUGGGCCACUGAUCGGUCUGUCGGGAUGAUUAGCCUGCUACUUGCGGCCUUGGCUUCUGGUGCACAUUAUUCUGACCUGGAUUACAUGCAAAGGACCGAGCUAUACCAGGAUUUUGCCAAACGAUCCUUUCAGGCUCUUCGACUAGCCAACUUUCUCUUCCGUCCGACGAUGGACAUCAUACAAGCACUCUUGAUUAUAGGGAAUACUCUGCAAAACAAUGGCCAGUCUGAUGCAGCAUGGGCUUUGUUAGGGACAACAGUCCGUCUUGCACAGACAUUGGGUCUUCACACCGAAAAGAGUGUAGCACACCUACCGGACCAUGUCAAAUACAAAGCACGAAAGCUAUGGUACACUGUUGUUUGGCAAGAUUGCCUGCUCUGUUUAUGUUACGACCGGCCUCGUGUAGUCUCCAUGACUGGGUGGGCUCCAGAUUAUUCGAUUCUCUCCAGCAACGAACUUUCUUUUACGGAAGCCAUGUAUUUUCUAUGCCAAAUUGCGUUGAACAUGAUCACAACAGAUGGUCCCGAAAUACCGGAAAAUGCGCGACAGCUUGACAUUUUGGCCACGAUUGAUAGCCUCAACCAACGCACUCAGCCACAUUUGCGUGACCGCCAGGAAUGCAAAAGCCUCCAACACAACCUGGAGCACCUGGCUUUGCGAAUGCACAUGUCUCUAGCCAUUUCCGUCUUGACACGUCCAGCGCUGAAGCGCACUGUUAUGCAAGACGCGUCCUAUGAUAUUUUGCGCACCCGCGCCAAAAUGAGCCUGAUCGACGCUUCUAGGGCCUUUUUGGAUUUUCAGGCUCUUAGUGCUGUCCCCCUCCGAACCUGGUCAAUGGUGCACACAGUUCUAAGUUCCACUUUACUUCUCUGCAUUUGGGAGGAGACCCGAAAUGAUCCCGAGUGCCGUGAUUUACAGCAAAAGGUGAUUGAGGUCUUCUCUGCCGCAGGUUCAGUGGGCACAGUGGAGAACACAACAUCGGAGAACGGGCAAUGGCUAUCGGAACGGCAUAUACGGGCGUUAAUCACUCUGCGCAAUGCGGUUCGAACGGCAGUUGAACGUGAAAAGGGGGAAGCAAAUGUUGGGACAGAACGCGCGGAACAGCCCCAGCCAUUCUUUCCUGUCUAUGGUAUGCCGAACGGGAUCCCGGACGACUUCGGUCAAGACUUCUCACCAGCCAGCUAUCUUGACUCUAUCAUGAAUGUACCCAUGUUUGACUUAUCCAAAGAGCUGGGUUUUCUUUGA